UGACUUGGUAGGCAUUGUAUCACAUGCCAAUAUCUUCUAUCUAGUAAUUAAAUCUAUAGUACCAUUACUAUUGGUAUUGAUUUGCCACCCUAUUAUUAUUAUUAAAAAAUAUAUAUAAAUUAUCAUCUUAUUCAAAUGGCUCCUACAAAAUUUGCAAAAAUUCAUACAAUUAAUGGUGAGGCAUCAAAUGAAGAACAAGACAACCUUAGUCAAGAUAUGAAGGAUUUGAUUUUUUCUCUUCCAAGAGAGAAAGGUUGGAGAACACCUUAUUUGUAUCUAUUCCAAGGAUUUUGGUGCCAACCAGCUGAAAUCCAAGCAAUAAGCACUUUUCAAAAUCACUUCCAAGCUAAAGAUAGUGAUGUUUUUGUUGCAACUGUGCCAAAAUCAGGUACAACUUGGCUAAAAGCACUUACCUUUGCAACUGUGAAUCGCCAACACCAUUUCAUUUCAUCCAAAAACCAUCCUUUGCUUAGUUUCAAUCCUCAUGAUCUUGUUCCUUUCAUUGAGUACACUGUUUAUGGCAAUCAUGAAAAUCUUCCUAAUUUUUCAAAUUUUCAUGAGCCUAGACUUUUUGGUACACAUGUUCCUUUUGAUUCAUUGUCCAAUUCAAUCAAAGAUUCUUCCAAUUGCAAAAUUGUUUAUAUUUGUAGGAACCCUUUUGACACUUUUAUAUCUUCUUGGGUUUUUUGCAACAAAAUCAAGCAAGAUUCUUUGCCUACAUUGGGUUUAGAUGAAGCUUUUGAAAUGUUUUGUAAUGGGAAAAUUGGGUAUGGCCCAUUUUGGAAUCACAUGUUGGGUUAUUGGAAAGAGAGUCAAGAGAGACCAAAAAGGGUUCUUUUUUUGAAGUAUGAGGAUUUGAAAGAUGAUGUUAAUUUUGAAUUGAAAAAAUUGGCUAAGUUCUUGAAUUGUCCUUUUACAUUGGAGGAAGAAAGUGAGGGUGUGAUUGAAAAUAUAAUAAAGUUGUGCAGCUUUGAGAAAAUGAAGGAGUUCGAGAUAAAUAAGAUUGGAAAAUUUGGAAGGAACUUUGAGAACAAGUACUUGUUUAGGAAAGGUGAAAUUGGUGAUUGGACUAAUUACCUUUCACCUUCAAUGGUUGAGAAUUUAUCUAAAGUCAUCGAAGAAAAGUUAAGUGAAUGUGGUCUUAAAUUUAAAGCAAAAAAUUAAUUACUUUCUUUGAUUUUAUUCAUACGAGAUAAAUGAGUUAAAAAUUAAUAUUUAAAAGUUGAUAUAUAAAAAUACAUUGACUUUUAUACAUCAACUUUUGAAGAUUUAUUUUUAUUUUAUUUGUCUUUUAAAAAAAAAUUGGAGAUAGUAAUACAUUGUGUUAUUUUUAUUUUAUUUGUCUUUUAAAAAAAAAAUAUUGGAGAUAGUAAUACAUUGUGUUAGGGAUAACUCAAAGUUGUUGUAUAGUGGUGAGCCACACACUAUACUAUAUAUGUUGCUUUUAGCUAUAAAUGUUGUUGCAAAACGUGGUAAUGGUAUGUACUUUUCACAAUAAAAGGGUCUCAGAUGUUGUCCCCUACAACUCUAGGACCACAUGUAAAGGUUAAUUGAUAUAAACCUUAUUUUGUUUAUUUUCAACAAGAAUCAGUUGUGUC